ACCGGAAGCUUGUUGCAAGUGGCGUAAUCCUCUACUUUUUCGGCUCGAGGUGGCUGAUUUUCGCGUUUCGCGAUACGUUAACGUGUAAGUCGACACAAAUGGCGAAGUGCAGUUGUUAUUUUCUCAAAAAGAGCAUGAGAAAAUAGUUUUUGGCGAACCGCGAACGGCCUGAUUUCGUCAAGAUUCACGGUGUUUCUCCACCCAACACUCGUCACAUUUCCAGAUACCAGUGCGUCGCUUCGCAGAGAUGAUUCUGACGGGUUGGUGUAUUUUGGUGCAUUAGGAACAAUACUUCUGAACCGGCUAACGCUAAAUGAAAAGAUUUCUCGAUUUGUACGUUAAAUCCUGACUAAUAUGGCCCAGCAUUUCAAUAUUUCUAUCGAAGACGUAUCCAGAAUAUACUCGGUUGAAGGACAGAGUGUUCAGUUGUUUGUUAAUAACGGCGGGAACGGUGCAUCGCCAAUUAUUUACACCGUUCCCCAAAAUAAUCAGCAAAUUUUUUCCCACCAGGCGAUUAAUCUGGCAAGUCAAAUUGCCACGGCGCCGCUGGAUCAACGUUCGAACGUUUAUAUUAUAAAGACAAGCGAAGCCACUGCUGCACAAAAUAUAAUAAAAUCGAAUCCAGUUGGGACCCACUUAGUUGCUGAAAACGUUGUUAACCUUAUAGAAACUAAAGAGACGAAAUCGUCAGGAAAUAAUGCCGCUCAGGAGGCACAACAAUCUCAAUGGGUAAAUGUCCAGGAGAGCAAAGUUGCCACCGAGUCAGUUUUGAAACCCGCAGCUCUGGCGAAGACUCAGGCAAAGUCUCAACAGCAGAACCUCUCUACAAUUUUGCUGCAGACUCAGGGUCAUUGUUCACAGCCUGAUCUGCCGGUUUAUGGUUCCAUGGAGAAGAAAACCGUGCGCCACUACGUCGGAAAGGCGAAGGGCCUGGGAAUCUCUCCGCAAGGAGUCCCUCGUCUCACAACCGUCAACCAGGACCAGGUCGUCAAUCCAGCGACUCGGGUCGUCCAGUCAUCAAUCACUCGACCCCGACUCACCCUCCCAAAUGACAACACGAGUAGCAGUCCUCUCUCCCGUGGCAUGCGGGCCGUCCAAGCAUGCAAUUCCACGCCGCGAAGUUCCGCCCCGAUCCUCCAAAGGUCCCUCGGUCAAAAUCAAAACACAAGUCUGAACAGCACCGACAUGGACCAGCUCAGCGAGCGAAUAAAGCGCGAGAAACUGAAGCAGGUGCAUGCCAAGGAGCAGCAGCAGCAGCAGGAGAAGCCUCUCUAUCGUACACCGUCGAAAGUGACGCCGAUUAUCACCCAGAGACCGAUGGCCGGACAGCGGGGACAAUUUCAGCAGAGACAGACGACACCGAGACUCCAGGGCCCGGGGCUGAUGACGCCAAGGCAGGUUCAAAAUCGAAUGGCAACGCCGAAGCAGCAGCAGCAGCAGCAGCAGCAGCAUGGACUGGUGGUGAAUCCGGGAAGAGUGGAUCAGAGACGAGUGGUGGUGAGCAGUUCUCCGGUGAGGCAGAAAACGCCGGUGGUUUCACCUCAGAGGAAAGUGACUACUUCGUUGUCGUUGUCAUCGUCAACGUCCUCGUCCUCGUCGUCGAUGCAGCAACAGCAGCAGCCGGGCGAGCUCAAUGUCCAGGUAAUUCAUGCAGAACCGGCGGAAAUUCAGGAGAAGAUUAUUUCAGGGAGGGUGACACAGCAGCAAAGCUGCACUCCCAAAUCUGAAACGGAGAGUAAUUCGAGCGAGAGUUACGCGUAUUUGCAGAGAGUGAUUGAAAAUCCGGCGUCGGCUAUCGUCCAGGAACAAAUCAAGGGCAAUGUUGCGAAGAUGCUGGUCGUCUUGCUGGAUGGGGAGCAGAGGCUAAUUACAUUCGAUAUACCGGCGGAAGACUGCACAGUCCAGGAUUUGCUAGAGCAGGUACGGGUAAACGUUCCAUUUGGCACGGAAAAUGUCGUUUCCUUAGUGAACGAUCCAACCUUAGGAAUAAAUUACAUCGUAGAGGUUCAUUCUGCAGACAGCGACCAGAAUGACCCAAAACAUGUCUCAGAAGAUUCCGCGAGAAAUCCUGUUCGCAGCUCAUCACCUAGGUUUGCUUGUGACGAAAAUAGCAACUCCUCAACCACGCAAGUCGAGGAACAGAGAUUUGUGGAGGGGAAACUUGCCGUCUGUACUUUCUGCGGAGUCCUGUCCUCAACCUUCAACCAGUGUGAAAGGUGUAAAAGAAAAUUCCCCGAGAACGUGAAAAUUGUGCUUGACAGCGGUUCAACCCAAGGGACCAAGGACAACGCAAAUUCUUGCGAUAAUUAUUGGAAGAAAGAAAACAAUACUUUCCUUAAGACUGAGAAAGUCGAGAAGGAAUCUACAGUUAAUAGAGCUCGAAGUCGUCCAAAAGGUCGACCAGCCACGAAGAAACUUGUUAAAGAGCCAGAAUGCCUGAUUAUUUCUUCGGACGAGGAACACGAGAACGAGAAGUCUGCCAAAUUUGAGAAAUCGGCGCAUCGAAAUUGUAUGGAAACAGAGGAAGGUAUGAAUCCUGAAGAAUUGGGAAUAAUUCUGAAAAAGGAACCAGUUAUUACGAAUCAAAGUGCCACCACAACAGAGGGCAUUGAAGGCGGCGAUAAAGAAUCCGACGAUCAAAUCACGGGCAAUCCGACAGAUUCGUUGCACACCGCGCUUUUUUGUAGAACAGUUAGGAUAGGUUCUUAUAAAUAUAUUCCUGCCGAACAUGUCAUUAUGUCGGAACAUGGUUUGCGACUGAACGUGCCGUUUUUAGAAGACAAUAAGAAAUUAGUUACCGUGGAUAUCAAAUUCCGAGACAUCAUCCGGGUUCUGAUUCAUUUUGGAAAAUCGAUGCCGGUGCUCUUCUUUUAUACUUCAACAAAUACUGGGGCGAUGAUCAGGGAAGUUUUAGGAAUGCAAGACCCGAAAGGUCCCUAUUAUGACCCUGCAAGCCAAGAUCAUACGCACAAAAGAAUUACACUCUUGCCGGAGACAAUCAGUGCAGAAUCAACCGUAAUACUGAAGACAUUAUUCGAGAGUAAAUACCAAGAACUGAAUCCUAAGGAAGCAAACGAUAUUCUUGUGAGGGCCUCGCCUAAAGACUGUCUUCAACAAGUUCUAUCGAGAAGGCAAAGUGCGCAGCCUGCUACACCUUCUAGCGCGAACGGAGAAAUUCAACAACUAAUGGUUUAUCCACCAAAGGGUGGAAUCGCAAUCAACACCGAAGACUACUCGUGCCUCGGCGAGGAUCAGUUUCUAAACGAUGUGAUAAUAGACUUUUACCUCAAGUAUCUCACUUCAGAAAUCCUCUCCGAAGUGGAUCGAAAUCGGACGCACGUCUUCAGUUCGUUUUUCUACAAAAGAUUGACGACUCCGAAUGCCCCGACCUGCGCAGACAAGAAGGAUGACAAGAAGGCGCUGACAGCGGCUGAGAAACGACACGAGCGAGUUAAAAAGUGGACGAAAAAUGUGAACAUUUUCGAGAAGGACUUUAUCGUUAUUCCAAUUAACGAGCACGCACAUUGGUUCCUCGCGAUAGUUUGUUUCCCGGGUUUGGUCGGGAAAGUCGCGCCAAAGUCGACGAAUGCGAAGGAGAGUGAAGCGUAUAAAAAUGUACAUAAAAAUAAAAAAGCGAAGGAGGUGAAGGAGGAAAAGUUGCAGGCUUUUACGAUUGCCAAUACGACCAUCACACCGGUUACGACCAAGCCUCAAACGUCGACGAUUACGAUCGUUGAGGAGGGUGAUGGAUCGGAGAGAGACGAGGCUGAGGGAGAUGAUGAGGAAAUGGAAAUGGACACCGACGAUGAUGAGGAUUAUGAAGAAGAGGGAACUCCCAGUAAGCAACCGAAAGUCGCGCCUCCUAGGCAAAUUCAGGAGAAAGAGGAAAGAUUGCCCUGUAUUUUGAUUUUCGACUCAUUGGCAGGAGCCAGUCGGAGUCGUGUUGUCGCUACUUUGCGCGAUUAUUUAUCUUGCGAGCACAAAGCGAAACAUAAAGGCACGGAAAAGGUAUUUUCGAAAGAUACGAUAAAAGGUGCUUGUCCGAAAGUUCCGCAACAAUCAAAUUUCACAGACUGCGGUGUCUAUGUCCUUCAGUAUGUUGAAAGCUUCUUCAAGGAACCUGUUAAAAAUUACACACUUCCGAUAAAAACUCUGAAAAACUGGUUCGAGGAAAUUGUCGUGACAAGGAAAAGAGAAGAGAUUUCGAAUUUGUUAAUAGAGUUGAUGAAAAGGACGAAUGGCAGUCAAAAUAUUAGCCUUCCAAGUGUUAUUUUUCCAACGCAGGAUGGAAAAUUAAAGCCAAAAUCUGAGCCAGAAAAGUCGAAGAAGGAGGAAGUGAAGAAAACGAAGACGGAAGUGGAGGGUAAGACAAGUGCGGCGUCGACGACGCCCGCCGAAAAUUCCGAAUCUCCCGAACAAAAGGUUUUGCCCGAAGUUACGGGCAGGACUAUUCAAAUCAUUCCCUAUUCUUCGACGUCGUCUUCGAGUUCGAGUUCGACGGAGGGAAAUGUACCAGAAAUGUCUAUAGAAGCCAUUCCUCCUAUUAGAUCGUCGGCUGAAACGAUGCAUUACCUGAAAUCUAAAAGAAUUCAGAGGAUAGUUAUGAAAAGUGAUAGUUCUGACGAUAAACCAGCCGCAAAGAAACUGAAAAGCGACAGUGCUGAUUCCUGUAAAUAAAUGUUACUCUCUUUUUUUUAUAAUUGUACAACUAAAUUUAGUCACACAUAAACGAUCCCGUUUACCUACACUGUAAUAAAGUAUGUAGUUAGUACUUCGUAAAAUAAUAAUAAAAAAACUACAAGAACAAUG